AUCAAGAUGGCGGCGGGGCGGACGGGAGGCGCCCGCGGCCCCGAGCGGCGCCCGCCCCAUUCAUCGCGGCUGUGACGGGCCGGGGCCCGCCAGAGCGCCCGCAGAGCGCCGGGAGCGAGCCCGGGGCAGCGCCAGCGGCAGCGGGACAGCGCUCGGACCCGCCGGGCGCCCGUGACAGGGCGGGUCGGAGCGCGGGCCGGUGCCGCCGGCGCAGCGGACAUGGCCACCAUGGAGAAGCUGACGAAGGCCUUCGAGUCGCUGCGCUCCUUCCAGCAGCAGCAGGGCCCCGCUGCCCUCCCCGAGGAGCCGCUCCAGAGACCGUGAGUGACCCGCGGCCGGGACUCGGGGGCUCCCACGCGCGUGUCCCGCAUCCCCCGGCCGGUUCUGGUCCCGCGGGGCCCCGAGCCGGGCCCGGGCGCUGCCCUGUCCCUUGGCAGCCCGCGGCUCCCGCAGACGUGUCGGGUGCUGCUGGCGGUUCUCUGCCGAAGUUCAGAUGUGGAGUAACUUUAGGGAAAGAAAGAACUUGCAGCUACCAAGAAAGAUCGGGUGAAUCAUUGUCUAACAAUAUGUGAAAACAUAGUUGCUCAGUCACUAAGGAAUUCCCCAGAAUUUCAGAAGCUGCUGGGCAUUGCUAUGGAACUCUUUCUCCUCUGCAGUGAGGAUGCAGAAUCUGAUGUCCGGAUGGUUGCAGAUGAAUGCCUUAAUAAAGUUAUUAAAGCUUUGAUGGAUUCCAAUCUUCCCAGGUUACAGUUAGAACUGUAUAAAGAGAUUAAAAAGAAUGGUGCUUCAAGAAGUCUGCGUGCUGCACUCUGGAGAUUUGCUGAGCUUGCCCAUCUAGUUCGGCCUCAGAAGUGCAGGCCGUACUUGGUGAACCUUUUGCCCUGUCUGACUCGGAUAAGUAAGAGACCUGAGGAAUCAGUACAGGAGACGCUGGCUGCAGCAAUACCCAAAAUCAUGGCAGCCUUUGGCAAUUUUGCAAAUGACAAUGAGAUUAAGGUUUUGUUGAAGGCUUUCAUAGCUAAUCUUAAAUCCAGUUCCCCCACGAUCCGUCGAACAGCAGCAGGAUCAGCAGUAAGCAUCUGUCAACAUUCACGAAGAACACAGUAUUUUUAUGCCUGGUUACUGAAUGUGCUUUUAGGCUUGUUGGUUCCUGUAGAAGAUGAUCGACCUACUCUUUUAAUUCUGGGUGUUUUACUUACACUAAGGUAUCUCAUACCUUUAUUGCAACAACAAGUGAAAGAUACCAGCCUGAAAGGCAGUUUUGGUGUAACAAGGAAAGAAACAGAGAUUUCACCUUCACCAGAACAACUUAUACAGGUUUAUGAACUGACUCUGCACUAUACCCAGCAUCAGGACCAUAAUGUUGUGACUGGAGCUUUAGAAUUACUCCAGCAGCUCUUUAGAACACCCCCCCCUGAACUGCUCCAUGCCCUGACUGCCUGCGGGGGCAUUGCUCAGGUCAGUGUAUCCAAAGAUGAGCCUGCCAGCAGGAGCCGCAGUGGGAGCAUAGUGGAACUUAUAGCUGGAGGGGGGUCUUCAUGCAGCCCUGUUCUUGCAAGAAAGCAUAAAGGUAAAGUACUUCUUGGUGAAGAAGAAGGCUUAGAUGAUGAUUCUGAAACCCGAUCUGAUGUCAGCUCUGCAUCAUUUGCAGCUUCUGUGAAGGGUGAGAUAAGCAGUGAGCUGGCUUCUUCGUCAGGUGUGUCGACAGGCGGCUCGGUGGGGAGCUCAGCGGCUGAUGCCACGGGACACGACAUCAUCACGGAGCAGCCCCGUUCCCAGCACACGCUGCAGUCAGACUCCGUGGAGCUGGCAGGCUGUGACCUGACAAGUACAGCUACUGAAGGGGAGGAGGAUGAAGUGCUCAGUCGGAGCUCCAGCCAGAUCAGUGCUGUCCAGUCAGAUGCCACUAUGGAUUUGAAUGAUGGCACACAGGCUUCCUCGCCAAUUAGUGAUAGCUCUCAGACUACGACAGAGGGUCCAGACUCUGCUGUAACCCCUUCAGACAGUUCUGAAAUUGUUUUGGAGGGUGCUGAAGGACAGUAUUCUGGAAUGCAAAUUGGGCAGCUGCAGGAUGAGGAAGAUGAAGCUGCUAAUAUUCUCCAAGAUGAUUCGUCAGAGUCCUUCAGAAAUUCUUCUCUUGCUCUUCAGCAGUCUCACCUGCUGAAAACCAUGAGCCAUAGCAGGCAGCCCUCUGAUAGCAGCGUGGAUCGAUUUACACCGAAAGAAGAUGCAGCAGAUGCUGGUGAUCAUGAGAACAAGCCCUCCAGGGUAAAGGGGGACAUCGGGCACUACACUGACAGAGACUGUGCUCCUUUGGUGCACUGCGUCAGGCUGCUGUCAGCCUCCUUCCUGCUCACUGGGGACAAAGGAGCUUUAGUUCCUGAUAGAGAUGUGAGAGUCAGUGUAAAAGCCUUGGCAGUAAGUUGUGUUGGAGCAGCUGUUGCACUUCACCCUGAGUCUUUCUUCAGCAAACUGUAUAAAACACCUCUGGAGGCAAUGGGAGAAGAGUAUGAGGAGCAGUAUGUGUCGGACGUUCUGAACUAUAUUGACCAUGGAGACCCCCAGAUUAGAGGAGCUACUGCCAUUCUCUGUGGAACAAUUGUCAACUCCAUUCUAAUUAAAUCCCGCUUUGAUGUGGAAAAAUGGCUAAUAAAUGUUAGAAGCUCAACAGGAAAUCUCUUUUCCUUGAUAGACUGCAUACCUCUGUUACAGAAAACCUUGAAAGAUGAAUCCUCUGUUACAUGCAAACUGGCUUGUACAGCUGUGAGGCAUUGUAUCAUGAGCUUAUGCAGUAGCAGUUACAGUGAGCUAGGUUUGCAAUUGAUUGUUGACCUCCUUGCUCUGAAGAACAGCUCAUAUUGGCUUGUAAGGACAGAGCUUCUGGAAACACUUGCAGAGGUAGAUUUUCGGCUAGUCAACUUCUUGGAAGGAAAAACUGAGAGCUUGCACAGAGGUAUUCAUCAUUAUACUGGUCUAUUAAAACUUCAGGAGAGAGUACUUGAAAAUGUUGUAAUAAGUCUGCUUGGAGAUGAAGAUCCAAGAGUGAGGCACGUGGCUGCAGCUUCAUUAAUGAGGCUUGUUCCAAAGCUGUUUUAUAACUGUGAUCAAGGACAAGCUGACCCAGUGGUGGCAGUAGCACGAGACCAAAGCAGUGUCUACCUGAAACUCCUCAUGCAUGAAACACAGCCCCCAUCUCACUUUGCAGUGAGCACUAUCACCAGAGCAUACAGAGGUUACAAUAUGCUGCAGAGUCCAACAGAUGUCACUAUGGAAAACAACCUUUCAAGGGUUAUUGCAGCAAUUUCCCAUGCAUUGACAAUAUCCACUACAAGAGCACUUACGUUUGGCUGCUGUGAAGCUUUGUGUCUUCUCUCCACAACAUUUCCAGUCUGCACCUGGAGUGUGGGAUGGCACUGUGGUGUUUCCCAGCCAAGUUCUUCAGAUGAAGCUCAGAAGGGCUGCACCAUUGGUAUGGCUGGCUUGGUCCUGUCUCUCCUUUCAUCAGCAUGGUUCCCACUGGACCUCUCAGCACAUCAGGAUGCUUUGAUUUUGACUGGAAACUUGCUUGCAGCGAGUGCUCCGAAGUGCUUAAAGAAUCCCUGGAGUGCUGAAGAAGAUGCAAACCAAGGUGCUGCAAAGCAGGAGGAGCCCUGGCCGGCUCUGUCAGAUCGAGCUCUGGUCACUUUAGUAGAACAACUCUUUUCUCAUCUGCUGAAGGUCAUUAAUAUUUGUGCACAUGUGAUGGAUGAUGUUGCUCCUGGUCCAGCAGUAAAGGCAGCAUUACCUUCUCUCACAAACCCACCUUCUCUUAGUCCGAUUCGGAGAAAGGGGAAGGAGAGGGAGUCUGUGGAACAGGCAUCUGUGCCAAUGAGCCCUAAAAAGAGUGGUGAAGCAAGUCCAGCUUCUAGGCAAACUGAUGCUACAGGACCUGUUCCAACAAGUAAAUCAUCUUCAGUAGGAAGCUUUUAUCAUCUUCCAUCAUACCUGAAGUUAUAUGAUGUCUUGAAAGCAACCCAUGCUAAUUAUAAGGUUACUUUGGAUCUCCAGAACACAAAUGAGAAGUUUGGAUGUUUCUUACGCUCUGCCUUAGAUGUUCUCUCUCAAAUCUUGGAACUUGCUACUCUUCAGGACAUUGGAAAGUGUGUAGAAGAAAUUUUGGGAUAUCUAAAAUCAUGUUUCAACAGAGAACCAACAAUGGCAACAGUGUGUGUACAGCAGCUAUUGAAAACAUUGUUUGGGACAAAUCUGGCUUCUCAGUACGAUGGCUUGUCUUCAAACCCCAGCAAAGCUCAAGGCAAAGCUCAGCGCUUGGGUUCCUCCAAUCUGAGGCCUGGCCUCUACCACUAUUGCUUCAUGGCGCCCUACACACACUUCACACAGGCCCUUGCAGAUGCCAGCCUGAGGAACAUGGUUCAGGCUGAGCAGGAGCACGAUGCUUCAGGAUGGUUUGAUGUGCUGCAGAAAGUUUCUACACAGCUGAAAACUAGCAUUUCCAGUGCAGCAAAACAUCGUGCUGAUAAGAAUGCUAUUCACAAUCACAUUCGUUUAUUUGAACCCCUUGUCAUAAAAGCAUUGAAACAAUACACAACAACAACGUCGGUACAGCUGCAGAGACAAGUUCUAGACUUGCUUGCUCAACUGGUUCAGCUGCGAGUUAACUACUGUCUUCUGGAUUCAGAUCAGGUGUUUAUUGGAUUUGUGCUAAAGCAGUUUGAAUACAUUGAAGUAGGACAGUUCAGGGAGUCUGAAGCAAUUAUUCCUAAUAUCUUCUUUUUCCUGGUGUUGCUGUCUUAUGAGCGAUAUCAUUCCAAACAAAUAAUUGGAAUUCCCAAGAUCAUUCAGCUGUGUGAUGGUAUCAUGGCCAGUGGGAGGAAAGCUGUUACACAUGCAAUACCAGCUCUGCAACCCAUUGUUCAUGAUCUCUUUGUGUUAAGAGGAACAAAUAAAGCUGAUGCUGGAAAAGAGUUGGAAACUCAGAAGGAGGUUGUAGUGUCAAUGCUGCUGAGACUUAUCCAGUACCAUCAGGUGCUAGAAAUGUUCAUCUUGGUAUUGCAACAGUGUCAUAAAGAAAAUGAAGACAAAUGGAAGAGAUUGUCCCGGCAAAUAGCUGACAUCAUUCUCCCAAUGCUUGCAAAACAGCAGAUGCAUAUAGACUCUCAUGAUGCUCUGGGAGUACUGAACACUUUGUUUGAAAUUUUGGCCCCUUCAUCCCUUCGCCCUGUGGACAUGCUUUUAAGGAGUAUGUUUGUUACUCCUAAAACAAUGGCAUCAGUGAGCACUGUCCAGCUGUGGAUUUCUGGAAUUUUAGCUAUCCUUAGAGUUCUGAUUUCACAGUCAACAGAAGACAUUGUUCUAUCCCGUAUACAAGAGCUUUCCUUCUCACCAUAUUUGAUUUCAUGUCAAGCAAUCAAUAGACUGAGAUGUGGAGAAAAUAAUGUGUCCACACCAGAGGAUCGCACUGAGGUCAAACAGGUGAAAUACCCACCUGAAGAGACAUUUUCCAGAUUCUUACUACAACUGGUUGGCAUUCUACUGGAAGAUAUUGUCACCAAGCAAUUAAAAGUGGACAUGAAUGAGCAGCAACACACUUUCUACUGCCAGGAGCUGGGCACACUGCUUAUGUGCUUAAUACAUAUCUUCAAAUCAGGGAUGUUUAGAAGAAUCACAGCUGCAGCCACCCGACUUUUUACAGGAGAUGGAUCUGAUGGUAGUUUCUAUACGCUUGAGAGUCUGAGUGACCUUGUUCAGUCCAUGAUUCCCACUCAUCCUUCUUUAGUUCUCCUCUGGUGCCACAUCUUGCUUCUUGUCAAUUAUACCAACUACAACUGGUGGUCAGAAGUGCAUCAAACCCCAAAGCGACACAGCCUUUCUACUACUAAAUUGCUUAGCCCUCAUAUAUCUGGAGACAGUGAUGAAUCUGACCUGGAAUCUAAGCGUGGCAUGUGCAAUCGUGAGAUAGUGAGAAGAGGAGCACUCAUUCUCUUCUGUGACUAUGUUUGUCAAAAUCUACAUGAUUCAGAACACCUGACCUGGCUUAUUGUAAAUCAUGUUCAAGACUUGAUUAAUCUGUCCCAUGAGCCUCCAGUACAAGAUUUUAUCAGUGCUGUUCACAGGAAUUCAGCAGCCAGUGGUCUCUUCAUCCAGGCCAUUCAGUCACGCUGUGAGAAUCUUGCAGCUCCCACAACCCUGAAGAAGACCUUGCAGUGCUUGGAGGGAAUCCACCUGAGCCAGUCCGGGGCUGUGCUCACCCUGUACGUGGACAAGCUGCUGUGCACUCCCUUCCGAGUGCUGGCCCGCAUGGUGGACACCCUGGCCUGCCGCCGCGUGGAGAUGCUGCUGGCAGCCACCCUGCAGAACAGCAUUGCUCAGUUACCAGUUGAAGAACUGGAUAGAAUUCAGGAGUACCUUCAAAACAGUGGAUUAGCAGCAAGGCACCAAAGACUCUACUCACUCCUGGAUAGGUUUCGUCUCAUGGUAGCACCAGACACGACCAGUCCCUCACCUCUGGUCACCUCACACCCACUAGAUGGAGAAGACCAACCACCUUUAGAGAAUGUAGUUCUAGACAAAGACUGGUAUGUGUCACUAGUGCGGUCACAGUGUUACAUCAAGUCUGACUCAGCACUUCUAGAAGGAGCAGAGCUGGUGAACAGGAUUCCUCAGCCUGACCUGAACUCCUUCAUGACCAGCAAGGAAUUCAACCUAAGCUUGUUAGCACCUUGUUUAAGCCUUGGCAUGAAUGAGAUCUCAAGGGACCAGAAGAGCAGCCUCUUUGAAACAGCUCGGAGGGUAACUCUGGACCAUGUGUCUGCUGCUGUACAAAACCUUCCAGCCAACCACCAGGUUUUUCAGCCACUAUUGCCAACUGAGCCAUCAACCUACUGGAAAAAACUAAACGAUAUCUUUGGAGAUGAGGUGAUGUAUCAGUCUAUGAUGACACUUUGUCGUGCACUGGCUCAGUAUUUGUUGUUACUCUCAAAACUACCAGCUGGUCUCCGUGUUCCUCCUGACAAAGAGGGUGAUAUUCUGAAAUUCGUGGUGAUGUCAAUAGAGGCACUAUCAUGGCAUUUAGCACAUGACCAGAUUCCAUUAAGUGUAGAUCUUCAAGCUGGUCUGGAUUGUUGCUGUCUGACACUACAGCAGCCUACUCUUUGGAAUUUGCUGUCUUCUGCAGCUCAUGUGACAUAUGCUUGUUCUUUAAUUAACUGCAUUAGAUUCAUCAUAGAAGCAGUUGCUGUGGAACCUGGUAAUCAACUUCUGAGUCCUGAAAGAAAGAAUACUUCAAAACCUUUAAGUGAGGGGGAAAUUGAUUCAAAUGUACAGAAAACAAAACACAUUAUUGCAGCAUGUGAAAUGAUAGCUGAGAUGGUGGAAUGCUUACAGACUGUCUUGUCACUGGGGCACAAAAGAAACAGCAGCAUCCCUGCAUUUCUCACUCCUGUCCUCAAGAACAUCAUCAUCAGUUUAGCAAGGCUGCCUCUAGUGAACAGCUACACCAGAGUACCUCCCUUGGUGUGGAAAUUAGGCUGGUCACCAAAGCCUUCAGGUGACUUUGGCACAGUUUUUCCUGAAAUCCCAGUAGAAUUUCUACAAGAAAAGGAAAUCUUUAAGGAGUUCAUCUAUCGCAUUAAUACACUCGGAUGGAUCAGCCGUACUCAGUUUGAAGAGACUUGGGCUACUUUGCUUGGUGUGCUCGUAACUCAGCCCAUUGUAAUGGACCAAGAGGAGAAUCAGCAAGAGGAAGAUACAGAGAGGACCCAAAUCAAUGUCCUUGCAGUGCAAGCCAUAACCUCCCUGGUGCUGAGUGCAAUGACCAUACCUGUUGCAGGCAAUCCAGCAGUUAGCUGCUUGGAGCAGCAGCCUCGCAACAAAGCUUUAAAAGCUCUGGACACAAGGUUUGGGAGGAAACUAAGUGUUAUCAGGGGAAUUGUUGAACAGGAAAUCCAGGCAAUGGUGUCCAAGAGAGAUAAUAUUGCUACUCAUCACUUAUACCAAGCUUGGGACCCUGUUCCAUCACUUUCUCCUGCUACUACAGGUGCUCUUAUCAGCCAUGAAAAACUCUUACUGCAGAUCAAUACUGAACGAGAAAUAGGAGAUAUGGAUUAUAAAUUGGGACAGGUCUCUAUACACUCCAUAUGGUUAGGAAAUAAUAUCACUCCACUGAGAGAAGAAGAGUGGGGUGAGGAUGAAGAAGAUGAGAAUGAUGUACCCGCUCCUUCCUCACCACCAAUCUCUCCUAUUAACACCAGGAAACACCGGGCUGGUGUAGAUAUCCAUUCUUGUUCUCAGUUCUUGCUUGAACUGUACAGUCAGUGGAUAUUGCCAUCCAGCCCCAGCAAGAGAACACCAGUGAUUUUGAUCAGUGAAGUGGUGCGAUCACUUCUGGCAGUGUCAGACUUAUUUACAGAAAGGAAUCAGUUUGAGAUGAUGUACACAACACUAACAGAGUUGAGAAAGGUGCAUCCAUCAGAAGAUGAGAUUCUUGUACAGUAUUUGAUACCAGCUACUUGUAAAGCUGCUGCUGUUCUUGGAAUGGAUAAAGCUGUGGCUGAACCAGUAAGUCGACUGCUGGAAUCAACCCUACGAAGCACCCACAUGCCAAGCCGGAUUGGAGCUCUGCAUGGAAUUCUUUAUAUCCUUGAGUGUGACUUGCUGGACGAGACAGCAAAGCAGCUCAUUCCAAUUAUCAGCGAGUAUCUGCUCUCCAAUUUGAGAGGAGUAGCACAUUGUGUGAAUAUCCAUAACCAAGAGCACAUUUUGGUGAUGUGUGCAGCUGCUUUCUAUUUGAUUGAGAAUUACCCACUUGAUGUAGGGCCUGAAUUCUCUGCAGGAAUUAUACAGAUGUGUGGAGUAAUGGUUUCUGGAAGUGAUGAAUCAACACCAUCCAUUAUUUAUCACUGUGUCCUGAGAGGACUGGAACGACUCCUUCUUUCAGAGCAGCUUUCCAGGCUGGACAGUGAGUCCCUGGUUAAACUGAGUGUUGACAGGGUGAAUGUGCAGAGCCCCCACAGAGCAAUGGCAGCCCUGGGACUGAUGCUGACUUGCAUGUACACAGGAAAGGAAAAAAUCAGCCCAAGCCGUAUCCCAGAUGCAAAUCCUGGUGCUCCUGACAGUGAAUCUGUGAUUGUUGCCAUGGAACGAGUAUCUGUCCUUUUUGAUAGGAUCAGGAAGGGAUUUCCUUUUGAAGCUCGAGUAGUGGCUCGGAUUCUUCCACAGUUCCUUGAUGAUUUUUUCCCCCCACAAGAUGUAAUGAACAAAGUCAUUGGGGAAUUUCUGUCCAAUCAGCAGCCAUACCCACAAUUCAUGGCAACAGUAGUUUAUAAGGUGUUCCAGACUCUGCAUAGCACUGGGCAAUCCUCGAUGGUCCGUGACUGGGUGAUGCUCUCUCUCUCUAAUUUCACACAAAGAACACCCGUGGCAAUGGCAAUGUGGAGUCUUUCCUGUUUUUUUGUCAGUGCUUCCACCAGUCAAUGGAUUUCAGCAAUUCUUCCACAUAUUAUCAGCAGAAUGGGAAAAUCAGAGCAAGUGGAUGUUAACAUCUUCUGUUUGGUGGCCAUAGACUUCUACCGACACCAGAUCGAUGAAGAGUUGGACCGGAGAGCCUUCCAGUCGGUGUUUGAGGUGGUAGCAUCUCCAGGAACCCCAUACCAUCGCCUACUGACUUGUUUGCAAAAUGUCCACAAGGUCACAGCAUGUUGAACAUCCUGAUGUGUAGUGGAACUGCAUGACUAGUGUUGGAAUAUGAGUUAUGAGGAAUGCAAGAUCAAGAAAAUCUCUGGGGUUGCAUUUGUGAUAAAUACGGACCUGUCAGUUUUCCUUCCAGCAUGCAUGGACAAGUGCUCUGCAGCACUGGAAAUCACCUGAAAAGUCAAGUGUAGUUGUUGUUGACACCAAGCACCUCUAAGUGGAAUGAAGUAUGUCAGUGUUUUUCAAGUGAUGUUGGGGACUAAAGAAGCCACACAUCCAAGCUGUAAAAUAUGAGCUAGCGCCACAUGCAAGGUAUCUGGUAUUCCUCUUCUUCCCAAUAUGCAGCUGAAGCCACUGUGGUGCAGCCAGUAAGACACUGACAGACUGUUAUUGCAACGUGCAGUCAUUAGCCAGCUUCCUAGUUUUACGUACCUGUAUAUACUGUUGUGUAGUACAGAAUAGAAUUUGUUUCCUAAUGUCUCUCCCAAACAAGGAAAAGAGAAAAUGGCUUUUAUGAUUUACACUUCCAGCAUGUAAUUUCUCUCUCUGGAUUUUCUGAUAUCCAGUGGUGUAUGUGUUGGUGAUACCAGAGAUAUAGUGCACAUACGUAACCACACGUUUUUCCUUUUUCUUCUCAGGAUUUCAAAUUUGAGUACAGUAUAUCAGUGAAAGAAAUUUUAACUUAAAUAUUUCUAUAUUAUGUACAGUAUGUAAAAUUGUAAGAUGUGUGGUGCAUGAGCUGUGCUGUAAUUGGAGAUGAACAAAAGCCAUGCUACUGAAUGUCUUGACAUCUGUAUCGUCCUCAUUUUUUUUCCUCAUUCUUGAAUUCAUGUUCCUUUUGGAAAUCCAUCUUAAUGUACAGAUUACAUCGUGUUUUGCAUCUCACUUUUUCUUAAAAGUGCUUUAAAACUGGAAUAUGUUGAUUAAUUUGUCUUGAGAAACUGUACUAAGGAGGCAUUCUUGUGAUCCACUUUACUGUAGCUUCUUUUUAAUUCCUUUAUUUUGAGACAUAAUGGUAAAAAAGAGGACUAGUCACUCUGAUCAAACUUUAGAUAGUUAAAAAACUGCUCUUACUUGCUGUACAGCAUUUUAAGAGACAAAAUGGUGCAAGCUCCCCAGUAGUCAACAACCAUUUGACCUUUCCUAACUGAGACCAUGGAGUCAUCUGGACCACUCUCAUGCAAACAGAUAUGUGGUAGCAGUAAAGAAUCAGAAGGCUGCUGUGGUCUACUUUGGGACUGGCUAAAGUGUUAGAUUACACAACCUCUUUUAUUACCUGUAGUAUCCAUAAUGCUUUAGACACAAACACAAAUAUCCAUGAAUUUCAGGACACUACACAGGGCCAGAUUUAGCUUUUACUCACCACCCAGGGAAUGCCAUUGAUUCCUAAGCUUUACAUGAGGAAAUCUAGCACAGCAUUUGUCUUUAGUUGUAUUUAAGUCUUUCAUUAUAGAGAAUUGAUACCUUGGUUCUCAGUCAGAUCCUACAUUCAACCUCUCUUCAUUUUCUUAUCACACCUUUUGGUGACACUUGGAAAAAUGAGAUAGUGUUGUCAGGAGGAGCAUGUACUGUAUGUAUUUCUGUAUAUAAUGUAUAUGUUGAAAUUAUACACAUGUGACAACAUUUAAUGUAUACAGAUGUGUAUAUUUGUAUUUAUUAAACCCAUGUAUUUAAACUAAUUCCAAUCUAGACCAAAAAUUGUUGCUUCUGCCCGUAAAUUGAUUACAAAGGAAUUGUCCACUGGUGUCUCUUCCUUUUAGAAACUGGUAGAGGAAAUUGAUAGUAUGGGCAGUAGAAACAACUGUAGAUGUUGCUGUAUUUAGCUCUCUACAGGUCUUAUUAUCUGGAGCAAUUAUUUCUGUCCUUAGUUGGGUUACUCUUCUUCCUUGGGCCACAGCACUGUGGUGAUUUUUAAAAGAAACUGAACAGGAUUUCAGAAAAAGGUUUAAUAAAAUAGAUACUGUUUGAAA